AUGGAGACACUACGGAGGAGCCUCUCCCGUUGGAAGAAGUACCACAUCAAAGUCCACCUGGCUGAGGAAGAUCUGCUGCUCCCACUUACUGUCCGGCCCACGGAUAACAUGAUGGACUUGCGGGCCCUUCUGGUCCGGGAGGGCAUCACCUCCUGGAAAAAGACGUUUUAUUACAAUGCCCGGCAGCUCGCGGAAGAUGAGACGGUCAAGGAAGCCCAGAUCCAGAAUGGCUCCGUCCUUUUACUCCUCAGCGACAACAGGUAG